AUGAAUUAUAAGAAAAGGAGAGGAGUUAGUCCUGAUCUUUCUUUUGCACACUACCAAGAAUAUAUCAACCAGGAUGUGAUCACACUCAAUAGAGGUUCUCAGGAACCUAAAAAGAACUUUCCCAAAAAACGAAGCAACAGCAAUGUCUCUAGUAAACCAUCCACAUCGUCCGUAUCUUCACCGCAAGUACCUCGUCCUCCUGCAUCAAUCUCUAAUUCAUCUUCCUUAUCUCAAACAAGCGAAAAAAAUUCUGUUAAAUCUGAUGGACCUCCUCUCAAUAGCAAUUUCUCAGAUUCUUCUUCCACUAGUUCAGUCAAUAACAAUCAAGCCCUGACUAUCCAGCAAAAACCAAUAAAAGGUGUCCUUUUUGAGCCACCACCACUAAGAACGUCUGAAGAUUUUGCCAAUAUGCCUACACUUCAAGCACUUCACAUCCUUCGGCUUCAAAUGAAACUCGGUAGCAUUCUUGGCAGCAUGACACCUGCCUCAUUGUUACCUACUGCCCUACAACGUGUGGUUCCUCAUGAUAUACGUAUUGAUUAUGUUCCUGGUGCUUCCAUUCGAGAUAGAAUGAUUAUAUUUCAAGACUAUUAUGACAUUGAUGAAUGCUUUCAGUAUCUUACACAACAGACUGUAUUUUUAGGUGGUGAUGUGCGAAAUUCACGUAAUUGGUCAGUAGGAGCAGAUUAUUCUGUUAAGUUUUGGUAUUUGUCACAUUUAGUGGUUGACCAGACAUACAAUGAUUGCAUUGAUGCAAAAGAGUCACAGAUUAUUGCAGAGGAAUUUUGUAAUAUGAGUGAUACAGAAGAAAUGCCGAUUUAUCCACCCCAAUUACAACAACAGCAACAAGAUUUAGCUAUAUCGGAUAUAAAUCCCAUUAAUUUUGGUUCUAUUCUACUAGAUUAA